GACGUCGUUUCGUUUACAGGUUGGCGCCGAGCCGACGGGACGGUGUCUGCCUCCGGCGACACGUAUCCGGUGUCCCGCGACUGCAGCAGCGAACUGCUGCACUGGACACCACACCGCCCUCCACCUGUCCACGCCCCCGUCGCGACCCUCCCCUCCCCUCCAUAUGCUUCUCUCUCUCAUGGUUACAACUUAGCAAGCAAAAGGGCAACCCCAACCCGAAACAGCCGCACCAAAGCAGCAGCAACAGCAAAGCCAGCCAAGACGAGACGACCCAACCCCAUCUCCCAUCUCUCACUCUUUCUUCUCUCUCUCUCUCUCUACACUCUAUCUCUAUAGCCAUCGCCUUCGAGAUCUGACCGGCGACGCCAGAGCAGCGAGAGCGCGAGAAGCUGAUCGAUACGUGCAUGGCCGCCAGCAACAACAAGUGGUGGCAAGCGGCCCUCGACUUCCCGCCUCCGCCGCCGCCGGUGAACGUUCCGGCGGCGGCUCCGGCGGGGGCCGCGUCGCCGGAGAGCAAGCAGCAGGCGGCGGCGGGGGCCAUCGUGCCGCUGCGGCGGCCGAGGGGGAGGCCGCUGGGGUCGAAGAACAAGCCGAAGCCGCCGGUGAUCAUCACGCGGGACAGCCCCGACGCGCUCCACUCCCACAUCAUCGAGGUGGCGCCGGGGGCCGACGUGGCGGCGUGCGUCGCGGAGUACGCGCGGCGGCGCGGGCGCGGGGUGUGCCUGAUGGGCGCGUCGGGCGCCGUCGCGGACGUCGCCGUGCGCGGCGCGGCGGCGCCGCUCCCGGGAAGGUUCGAGCUCCUCUCCGUAACGGGCACCGUGCUCCCGCCCCCCGCGCCGCCCGGCGCGUCCGGCCUCUCCGUGCUGCUCUCCGCCGGCCAGGGCCAGGUCGUCGGCGGCUGCGUCGUGGGGCCCCUCGUCGCCGCCGGCCCCGUCACCCUCUUCGCCGCCACCUUCGCCAACGCCGUCUACGAGCGCCUCCCGCUCGCCGACGCCGCCGACGUCGCCGACGUCAAGCCCGACCUCUCCUCCGCCGCCGCCGCCGCCACGUCCACCUCGGCGCCGCAAGAAGUGCAACAGCAGCAGCUGCCAUUGCCGCCAUCCUCGCACCACCCUCAAGCCAUGCCCGCGACCUACCCCGACCACCGCUCGCCGCCAUACGCCUGGGCAGGCGGCGUAUGAUCAUGAUCUGAGCUGAAUCAUCCAUGGCGUUCUUCAACCUAACAAUCUCUAGGGAAGCUAGGUUUUUCGCGAGUUCGUGCAAUUGAUUAGCGGAAAAUGCUCUUCUUGGGCUAGUCUUGUAAUUUUGUUUCACCUUUUCAUUGUGAUUUUAUUGUGGAGAAAAUAUGGGAAAUGGUGUGUGACCUCAAGGAAGCAAAUUAAGCUCGAGUUAAGAUAUCAGUAGAAUUCAAAGGGUGGUGAGGUGCAUCGAUCAGUUAGCCCAAGCAUUUUGUGUGAUAAUUUGAGGCUAAUGUUCCAACUUUUUCUAGUUUCAAAAUCUUGGUUAAUGCUUGUGGGUUGUGUUUUGUUUUUAUCUUAAGCUAAAUUAGGGAAAAACUCAAUUAUCUUCUCUUAUUCCAUUUACUUGCCUCGUGGCAGUCAUAUCCGAUUCCAAUUUGCUUUUGUUUAUACUUGUUGGACGUUUUAGACAGUUUGUUUACACAUGCUCUCGUGUUUGUAUAUGCCAUUCAAUUAGUC